AUGCGCUAUAAUAAUUAUGAUAACUCUGGAAGUUCGUUCUUGACUAGAGUAGUGAAAAAGUCAGAUGUAGAGAAAACUUUAUUACUAAAUAAAGAAAUUGAUGGCUGGAAGCCAAAUGAUAAGAAGAAAGCCUAUACGGAACGUGGAAAGGUUUACGUAAGCUGCUCAUUUAUUGAAGUAUCCCUUUCUCAAAUAAGGACUAUUGAUGUUGAAAAAAAAAUUGAGAAUGCGGAACAACUAAGAGAUCUUACAAGAAAUAUUGUUAAAAAUAAAACCAGCUCUCUACAUGACAUGGUUCCGUCAAAAAAUUGUACAACUAAUUCCUGCAAUCCGGAAAGGUAUCCUCCUAGCGAGGAAGUAAAUAAUCUCAAAAACUAUUAUAGUUGUGGACAAGGAAUUAGUCGGCCUACCAGUAUCACGAAGAGAUACAGUAAAAAGACUACGAGCCGCCCUAAAAGAGAAAAGAGACAAACAAUCCUUCCAAAUGGUGAGAUAAAGGAAUGUUCUAAUUGUAAAGACACUUGGACUAUCCAAUGGCGAAGUGGUCCCGAUCAUAACAGAGAACUUUGUAGUCCAUGUGGACUCGCCUAUGGCAAAAGACUGAAGAAGGAGAAUGAGAAAAAAAAGGCAAGGAGUGAAUAA